AACGACUUUAAAAGGAACGCAGCCAUAGUCAAAUCGGCAGACGCUCUUAGCUGUAGAUUUUUAAACACAGUCUAGUAUAUAAUGCAGCAUAGAGAACUUCUUUGCGUAUUUAAACUAGCAUAAGCAAAAAAGAAGAGGAAGAAGAACGUUAAAUUUGACUUCUGUUUGAGCAUUCAGCGACCAGGUAAAAAUUUGUAAUCACAACGUGGUCAGUAUAAAUAUUGUCGAAUGAUAGAAGUGGUAAGAGCGAUUAAUGAAUUUAAUUAGUCAUGUUUGUGAUGAAUAAAAUAAAAUUACGAUAAAAGCGAAAAGUUAGAGAAAUAAAGAAAUACAUUGAGAGAAACGAUAAAUGAUUAUAAACGAAUCAUGGAAUACUAAUAUAUAUUUUAUAUAUGUUUAUUAAAUGAAUAUGAAGAUGAUGCCUGGAAAAGCACCAAUACAAGAAAAUCCUUUAGGUCUAUCCUGGCAUGAUAGCGCCUGGAUUCCUGUUCUUAAUCCAAGUAAUAUCAUGGAUUACUUUUCUGAGAGAAGUAAUCCAUUUUAUGACAGAACUUGUAAUAAUGAGAUAGUGAAAAUGCAACGUUUAAGUCCUGAUCAAUUAACUAAUAUGACUGGCUUGGAAUAUAUACUGCUGCAUGUGCAAGAGCCAAUCCUUUAUGUAAUUAGGAAACAACAUAGGCAUUCACCAACUGCAGCAACUCCUCUUGCAGACUAUUACAUUAUAGCUGGUGUUGUAUAUCAAGCACCAGAUCUAGGAUCUGUUGUAAGUUCUAGACUGUUUUCCACAGUUCAUCAUCUACAAUCUGCCUUUGAAGAAGCUAGUUCCUAUUCUCGAUAUCAUCCUAGUAAAGGCUACUCUUGGGAUUUCACAAAUGGCAAAGCUUGGGCUGCAAAGGAACCAGUACGUGAAGAACCCAGUUCAUUGUUUCAACGGCAAAGAGUGGAUAUGUUACUUGCAGAGCUCACUCGUAAAUUUCCUUUACCAGUGCCAAAGCCAGUACAUCAAACAACAGAAGCUUGUAUACGAAGCGCAUAAUGAAGUACAAGUGCGAGACAGGAUGAAACCAGUAUACGAGAAAGUGCACGAAGCUCCAAAAACGAUCGCUAAACUUCGAUUAUAAAGAGAAUCGAAGCAGAAUCGAAUAACGUAGAAAAGAUUGUGAAAUUACUGAUUAUCUCGUUUCGAUUAUUAAUAACUUAAUAUCAUGAAAAAAAAUGGAUUGGUUGAUUCGGCAAAUCUAUAGAGUUCACGUAAUUCACGCUAUUUAUAAGAAGACAGUUUUUCAGACAGCAACAUUUUUGUAUUUGUUUUUAAAAUUAUAAUUUUAGAUAUUCUCUAAUAGAUAAUUAUAUUUCGGAGAAAGUACUUGAAAAAUGUUGUGCAUUUUUUCUGGCCUGUAUUUUCUCUUAAAUUUUUCCACUCCGUUGUAAAGUGUUGGGCAAAGACAUCCUUGUAAUCGAUUCUCAGACAGUUCUUUGUAACUAACGUUCUUAUUUUAUCGUGUUCGAUUUAAUUUCACGUUUGUUGAAAACGUAUUUAGCGCAUUUUAUGUAUAAAACGUUUUAUCUAUAAAACAA